AUGGGUGAGGAACUCUUGCAGAUCCUCCGAUCAGUCACACAGAUGAAGAGGUCCGUCUCGGAAGAGAACAACGACGAUGGUAAAGUUACAGAUGAAACGUCGUCGUCUCGUUGCGACUUUGACAAAACGCACCACCACAUUCCAUUUUCAUCUCCCACCCCACCUCAUAGUCAUUGUCGACGACGACCUACAAUGGCUGCAGCUCUAGAGUGCUGGUCGAGCCGCGCCGGAGGUCGCGCUCCCGACGACGAUCUGGUGGAUCAGGUCCUCAUGCGCACGCACGACAGGUCCGAGUCACUCACUACGUCUCCGCCGGAGACGAGUUUGGAAGUCGAGGGAUCCACACCGCUUUUCGAUCAGAGCUCGUCGGCUAUGCAGAAGCGGUUUCAGCGUCUCAGCCGCAACGUCUCCGAGGCCAUUGCGUCGCUCAAAAACUCACUCAAUCUCGAUUCCGCGCGGGACAACCAGAGCGUCGGCGGAGCAGGAGCUCAGCUGCCUAAGGCUGAAGUCGUCGGCGGCGGUAGGAAGCUCCUGUGGGCCACUGUAGUGAGGAACCUCGCGAAGAUGUAUCCCGGUAGCCAGUUACCGGAGAAGCUCGUGUCAAAUCUGAAGAAGCAUUACGAUUCGUUGCCCUUUAGUUACAGUCAAGCUGGUUUCGAUAUGAAGGAAGUAUUUCUACACGUGAAGUUGAUAGAGCAAGCUUCUGGAGAUGACAAUCCUGUGUUUAUGAUUCAAGAAGUAUCUGCUGAGGAAGGUCGGAGUUCUUCAGCUCUCAAGCUCACAUUCGCUUGUAACUCUUCUCUUUCAUGGUCAACAAUGUCAGGCGCUCUCGAUAGCGCUUCGAUUUCUUGCAAGAAGAUACAAAUCUUUGAGAAGAAGGGGUUGACUCUCGGCGUUGUUCUUCUCCAGGAUCAGUCUGGGCAAAAGAAUUUGUUCAAGACCCGAGUAGAAAACGCCCUCAAGUCUGCAACCAGGAAGCCAAGACCGACUUCUGUUAAGCUCCCUUUUGGGCUUUGUGGCUGUCAAGAACAGAACGGCUGUGUUGGAGAACUUGGGCGUGUUGAAGAAGAGUCUAUUCAGCAUAGUAACAGGCUAGGGGUAGAAAAUUUGAAUGGUACGAUCCAGCUUCAGAUUCCACUUCCAAGCUCUUCAUUUGCUGUAUCAGUAGAUGAAUGGCAGACCAUACAGUCAGGUGGGAGUGAGAUUGGAAAAUGGCUAUUGAAUUCCGAUAGUUUUGAGUUCGGUGAUCAGAUUGGACCAAAUUCUUUCAAAGGGAUUUUCAGAGGGAAAAGAGUGGCGAUCGAGAAACUAAAAGGUUGUGAUAAAGGGAAUUCGUAUGAGUUUCUGCUCCGGAAAGAUUUCUUGGAGCUGAUGACUUGUGGACACAAGAGCAUUUUGCAGUUUUACGGCGUUUGCAUUGACGAGAACCACGGGUUAUGCAUUGUGACGAAACUGAUGGAAGGCGGGUCGCUCCAUGAGCUGUUGAUGAAGAACAAGAAGCUUCAAACGAAGCAGAUACUGAGAAUUGCUGCUGACGUAGCCGAAGGGCUGAAGUUUGUGAAUGAUCAUGGUGUUGCGUAUCGGGACCUUAACACACAGAGGAUCCUUCUAGAUAAACAUGGCAACGCCUGUUUGGGAGAUAUUGGAAUAGUCACUGCUUGUAAGAACUUUGGUGAGGCCGUGGAGUACGAAACUGAUGGCUAUCGAUGGCUUGCACCUGAGAUAAUAGCUGGUGAUCCGGAGAAUACAACAGAGACUUGGAUGAGCAAUGCUUAUAGUUUUGGGAUGGUACUGUGGGAGAUGGUGACGGGAGAGGCGGCUUAUGCGUCUUGCUCGCCCGUGCAGGCGGCUGUUGGGAUUGCGGCUUGUGGGCUAAGACCGGAGAUACCAAAGGAAUGCCCUCAAGUUCUUAGAACUCUGAUGAUCACUUGCUGGAACAACUCCCCAUCCAAACGCCCCAACUUCACCAAUAUACAUUCCUCGUUGCUCCGCGCCAUUACACGCUAA